AUGAGUUAUCCCAUGGAUCACUUUGUUUAAUUGCUAUACUUUGAUAACUUAGAGCAUUUGGAAAGUGGGUCUAAUACCACAAGAUCCAAAGUCAAAGAAGUUAAAGUCUGUGAUGAAAUCAUUUUCUAAUCACUUGUCAAGGUGUCCUUAAUCAGAAUUGUCAAACCAGGUUAUAAUGUACAUUAAAGUCUCAAAAAAUUAAUUACUAUUACUCAAAGUGAAGAGCCUAUUAGAAAUUUAGAGAUUUUUGCUAAAUCUUAUUAGAUUAACAAACCUUCAUCUAGAUAUUAACUUUUGUUUGGAAGUCCAGAAAUCUCAUCAAACAAUUGCGAUAUACUUAUCACACUCGAUUAACCAGUAUUAUUUUAUUUAUUUACAUAGUAUAUCACUGAUUUUAUAGUCUUUAGAGGAUAAUAUAAACGACUUACAAUCUGCAUGUAUGGUGAAAUUAUGUCAGGACAUUCUAUUCAAUGUUACAAUCCUUCUUAUGGUAAGAAUAUUGGAUUACAAGAGUUAAAUGAUGUUAUUGAUACAAGAAUUUAAAGAGUACGCACUAUUACNUGCUUUUGA